UUAGGCAGAGGGAGAGAAGGAGAGCGGCGGAGCAAGCGGUGGAGAUUUCCCUCUGUUCAUGGCGAUUCUAAGCUCCUCCACCGGUGGAUUCUGAUUUCUUCUCCAUUCUCCCCACGGCCUGCUGCUGAUGUGGUGCCUUUUGGGAUCCCUGGCAGGUGUAUGUUGUUGUUGUGGUGUUUUUUUGGUUCCCCGGGGCUCGGUGAUUCGGAGGCGUUGGUGAUUUCUCGUGGCCUCCUCGGUUUUUGCUGUGGUAUUCUGUGAGCCCUGUGUGUAUCCUCUUCCCGAUGCAAGCUUCAAUCUCAAUGGGUAGGCUUCAGAAAGUAUCUCACGAGGAUGUUCCACUUGUUUCUUCAGUGGAGAGUGAUGAUUCUUUGAAAGAUACUUUCGUGCCUAAUGAUUUGCCGAUGAUGCCUCUAAUGCAAUGUCUUUGGAUUGUUCUGGUGAGGAUGCGGAGUUUGAUAAAUCUCUUUAUAAUUUCUAUGUGAAUAAUAAAGUGAAGUACCUGAAGAGGAAAAUAUCAUCUGCUAGCAGGAGGAAUGUUGUUAGUCCAUUUUCCCUUCUUUUUUUAACUCGUCUAUUUUGGUUGCUAGUCUGAUGUUAUUUAUGUUGUGGUUCUCCUUAUGUGUAUUUAUUUUAGUUUUGCCUUAUUAUUGUUGUCCUUAGUUGUCUUUUUUGUAGAGGCAGAAACGAUCUUCAGAUUUGCCCAAUUGAUCAACAUUCACUAGAUACUCUCGAAAGUUCUUCUUUGGUGUUGUUGAUGGCUUGUGUCCUAGAUAUAAGGGUGUUAUUAAUUGAGGAUUAUGGUAUGGGUUGUGUCCUCGGCUUUGUCUGAACUGAGGUUCCCCUUCGGCUUGUUAAGUGGCUUGCAUCAAGAUUUGAUGUUCCUACUUCUGAGUUUCAGUUGAAAAGGAAAUUCAUCCCCUUAACUAAGUAUGACGUCCAUGACAUUCUUGACCUCCGAGUAGAUGGUGAACCCCUUGUUUGUGAUCCAAAGUCUGGUCGUGAUUUUAUCCUCUCUCAUUUCAAUCUUUCCAGUAUUCCUCUAGUGUCUUUUUUGCCAACAAGCUUAAGUCUGUUGAAGGUGAUUUGCCCGACGAGGACGUCUUCAUUUGUUUCAUGAUCGUCACUUUCUCUAUUUUUCUUUGUCCAAACUCUAGCCUCAGUCCUAGUCCAAAAUACCUCCAUAUCUUUCGGGAUUGUCAGUCUGUGUGCAGUUAUGAUCUGUCUAGGUUUGUGUAUGAGUGGCUUUUGAGUAGAAUCAAAAAGUUCAAGGAUACUACUAAAGUUGCUUCCAAAAGAUCAGUGACAUUUGGUGGAUGUCACUAUGCUUUUGAUGUUUCUCACCUUGAUCAAUUGAAUUUUGGCCUUCACUCUGUCCCUGAUGUGAAACCUCGCAUACUUGCCUGGAGAGGUAACAAAGUGAAGCAAUUUGCAGAGCAUGAUAGAAACAACAACCGCUCUUUUGGAAACAGGGUUCUGUUGGAAAAACCACAAGCAGUAAGAGUGUUGAUAUUGGCCCUUCUGAUGGUACAUUUGCAAUGAAAGUUCAAAGUUCUAUUGGUCCUCGCUUUGGCUCUCAGGCUGCUCUUGAUGUCAUUGAACUUGUUGAGUCGAGUAACCAAGACAAGCCUAAGAUAUUCUUGGAUUGGGCAGAGUCCCUUGUUCUUAAUGUAUUGGAUUGUGCAUUGCAUUCAUCCAUCCCAAAAAUGUCCGCCAGUGAGAAUCAGUCAAUGAACAAGUUCUCUUUUGGCAAUAAGUCUAUUUCAAUUCAUUCUGCAAUCGCAAAUAGGGAGUUUGUUAAAGUUGCUCAUAAUCUAGAGACUGAAGUACAACAAGAGAAUCUUCAUUUGCCGUAUCAUACUACUGUUGUUGUUCCUCCUGCUGUCCCCGAUGGUGGUAUUGACAACCCAGCAGUGUUAUCUAGCUCCUGUGUUCCUGCUAAAGUACACACUGAGGCUGUGGUAACUGCACAUGUUGCUCCUGUUCGACCGGUGUUAUGUGAAGUUAAAUCAAAAGGUUCUACAUCAAUUCCUCUAGAGCCCCCAAUAGGUAAUUAUCCUUCAAAUUCUAAAUGCGGCAACCCAGAUGUUGAUUCUGUUGUGGUGCUUUCAGAUGGUCCUCCCAAGGAAAAAGUUGGUGUUAAUGCAUUUGGGAUCCCAUCUUUGGCUGAGCUUAAUUGUUCUCUUGGUAUCCAAUCAUCUUCUAUAGCUUGCAAUGGCACCCCAGUUAGUGCUGACAGAAAUUCUGCUAUGGAAGAUGGAAAUUCUUUUUGUGGCAUGUCACCCCUUGUUCCUGUUCGUCUAUCGCAGUAUUUCUGUAAUGAGGUUUCUAUUAUUUUUGUACCGAAUCUUUGUUUUCCAUGUUCCCUAGUUUCCCCUAUUUUUUGUUUGAAUUCUUUGUUUUCUUUUUCUGUGUAGUUGGGUGAUGUACAAUGUUCUCAGUAUGUUGCUGAUGUCUACUACGCAGCCUUCUCCUU